GCGAAGCGCCGUUCACGGUCCUGUCCGGGUCGGGCGCGGCUCCUGCGCGGGGGGCUGCGGCCCUUCGGGGGCUCGGGCGGCGGCCCGACUCGGUCUGGGUCCCGGGGGCGGUCGGAGCUCCUUGUUUAGAGCGAUGGUCUGAAGAGAAUGCGGUUCUAAGCCGCGGCAUGCCAACGUGUGGGUCAGCUUGCAAGGGAUUCCAUACGUGGCAAGGAGUCGGCUGGGAGGUCGGGGCGACAUGGCGAGCCUUCUGCGCGUUGCUGUCACUGGGUGCUCAGUGCCUGCCCUUGGUGCUGUGCUUCCACCCAAGGUACACUCCACAAAGAUGCCGUGUUUGCGAAUGUUUGGAACCCACCAGGCACUCUGGUCCCAGGCAGCCCUGAAGCCAGGAAUCCCUUACAAACAGCUGACUGUAGGUGUACCCAAGGAAAUUUUUGAGAAUGAGAAGAGAGUGGCUCUAUCGCCGGCUGGAGUUCAAGCCUUGAUUAAGCAGGGCUUCAAUGUUGUGGUGGAGUCUGGUGCUGGAGAAGCCUCCAAAUUUUCUGAUGAUCAUUACAGAGAAGUUGGAGCAAAAAUCCAGGGGACCAAGGAAGUCUUGGCCUCUGAUGUGAUUGUAAAAGUGAGAGCUCCUAUGCAUAAUCCAGCCUUAGGUGUACACGAGGCAGACCUUUUUAAGACAGCACCUACCCUGAUUAGUUUUAUCUACCCAGCACAAAAUCCAGACCUCCUGAAAAAACUUGCAGAAAAAAGAACUACUGUCUUGGCUAUGGAUCAAGUUCCACGGGUCACCAUUGCUCAGGGAUAUGAUGCACUUAGCUCCAUGGCGAACAUUGCUGGUUACAAAGCUGUUGUAUUGGCAGCAAAUCACUUUGGUCGGUUUUUCACGGGUCAGAUCACAGCUGCUGGUAAAGUUCCUCCAGCCAAGGUCUUGAUCAUUGGAGGAGGAGUUGCUGGCCUGGCUUCUGCAGGAGCAGCUAAAUCAAUGGGUGCAGUGGUUCGUGGUUUUGAUACCAGGGCUGCAGCUCUGGAACAGUUUAAGUCUCUUGGUGCUGAGCCCUUGGAAGUAGACAUAAAGGAAUCUGGAGAGGGUCAGGGUGGUUAUGCAAAAGAAAUGUCUAAGGAGUUUAUUGAAGCUGAAAUGAAACUCUUUGCCAAACAGUGCCAAGAUGUUGAUAUUAUCAUCACUACAGCACUUAUUCCAGGUAAAAAAGCUCCUGUCUUGUUUAAGAAAGAUAUGAUUGAAUCUAUGAAAGAAGGUUCAGUUGUUGUGGAUUUAGCUGCAGAAGCUGGGGGAAACAUUGAGACAACAAAGCCUGGAGAACUGUAUGUUCAUAAGGGUGUUACACACAUUGGCUACACAGACUUACCGAGCAGAAUGGCUACUCAGGCCAGUACUCUGUAUUCCAAUAAUAUUAUCAAACUUCUAAAGGCUAUUAGUCCUGACAAAGAGAACUUCUACUUUGAUCCAAAAGAUCAGUUUGAUUAUGGUACUCUGGAUCAUGUAAUUAGAGGCACUGUAGUAAUGAAGGAUGGCAAGGUGAUUUUUCCAGCACCUCCACCAAAUAACAUUCCCCAAGGAGCCCCUGUGAAGCCAAAGACUGUAGCGGAGCUGGAAGCAGAAAAAGCAGCUACUAUUACACCUUUCAGAAAAACUAUGACUAGUGCGUCUGUAUACACAACAGGUCUGGCUAGCAUGUUAGGACUUGGUAUUGUUUCUCCUAAUAAUGCUUUCACUCAAAUGGUGACAACAUUUGGCCUAGCUGGAAUAGUGGGAUACCAUACAGUAUGGGGUGUGACUCCUGCUCUUCACUCUCCACUCAUGUCAGUGACUAAUGCCAUCUCAGGACUAACUGCAGUUGGUGGGCUGGUAUUGAUGGGAGGAACCUAUCUCCCUGAAAAUGCUCCACAAAGUCUAGCAGUUCUUUCAGCCUUUAUCUCUUCAGUCAAUAUUGCAGGUGGGUUUCUAGUUACACAGAGAAUGCUGGAUAUGUUCAAACGUCCCACAGAUCCUCCUGAGUACAAUUACUUGUACCUACUUCCUGGUGGUGUAUUUGUAGGAGGCUAUGCAGCUGCUCUCAGUGGUGGCUAUAGCAUUGAACAGAUGAUGUAUCUGGGCUCAGGCUUAUGCUGUGUUGGUGCCCUGGCUGGUCUGUCCACCCAAGGAACAGCUCGUCUUGGAAAUGCUUUGGGAAUGAUUGGUGUUGCAGGAGGUUUAGCAGCAACUCUAGGAGGCCUUAAACCUUCACCUGAAUUGUUGGCUCAGAUGUCAGGUGCAAUGGCACUUGGUGGCACCAUAGGUUUGACAAUUGCUAAACGCAUCCAGAUUUCAGAUCUGCCUCAGCUGGUAGCUGCUUUUCAUAGUUUGGUUGGUUUGGCUGCUGUGCUCACCUGUGUAGCAGAAUACAUGAUUGAGUAUCCUCACUUUGCUACGGAUCCAGCUGCAAACCUUACCAAGAUUGUGGCGUACCUUGGAACGUACAUUGGAGGAGUGACUUUCAGUGGCUCUCUUAUUGCUUAUGGAAAGCUGCAAGGUAUCCUGAAUUCUGCGCCUUUGCUCUUGCCUGGUCGACAUGCACUGAAUGCAGGUUUACUGGCUGCCAGCUUUGGUGGAAUGAUUCCAUACAUGAUUGAUCCUAGCUACACUACAGGGAUUACUUGUCUCGGUUCUGUGUCAGCUCUCUCAGCCAUAAUGGGUGUCACUUUAACAGCAGCUAUUGGAGGUGCUGACAUGCCUGUAGUUAUUACAGUUCUGAACAGUUAUUCUGGAUGGGCCUUGUGUGCUGAGGGCUUCCUACUGAACAACAACUUGCUGACCAUUGUUGGUGCACUCAUUGGAUCCUCUGGGGCCAUCCUCUCUUACAUCAUGUGUGUGGCUAUGAAUCGUUCCCUUGCAAAUGUGAUUCUGGGGGGCUAUGGCACCACGUCGACAGCUGGUGGAAAGCCUAUGGAAAUAACUGGAACCCACACAGAAAUUAAUGUGGACAAUGCAAUUGAAAUGAUAAAAGAAGCAAACAGCAUUAUUAUUACUCCAGGCUAUGGUUUGUGUGCAGCAAAAGCUCAGUACCCCAUAGCUGAUCUAGUGAAGAUGUUGAGAGAACAAGGGAAAAAUGUUAGAUUUGGCAUUCACCCUGUGGCAGGUCGUAUGCCUGGACAGCUUAAUGUACUCCUAGCAGAAGCUGGUGUUCCCUAUGAUAUUGUUCUGGAAAUGGAUGAGAUCAAUGAAGACUUCCCAGACACUGACUUGGUCCUUGUAAUUGGGGCAAAUGAUACAGUUAAUUCAGCAGCUCAGGAAGAUCCAAACUCCAUCAUAGCUGGAAUGCCAGUUCUUGAAGUCUGGAAGUCCAAACAGGUCAUUGUUAUGAAGAGAUCUUUGGGAGUUGGAUAUGCAGCUGUGGACAAUCCAAUCUUCUACAAACCUAAUACUGCCAUGCUGUUGGGAGAUGCUAAGAAGACUUGUGAUGCCUUGCAAGCCAAAGUCAGGGAAUCAUAUCAAAGCUAAAUACCAGUUUCUGUUCAAGUCACAAUAAUGACUACGUUUUUGUCACAGAAGUCAUGGAAAACAAGAUUUGGAAGUGUCUCUUACUGUCAUAAUGCAGCCAAUGUUUGCAGAAGACAGCAUUGACUCCUAGGAGAUAUAGUUGAGUGAGAGAUGCAGGUCCUUAUGAAAGGAGGGUAUAUCAGCCCAUCAAACUAAAUUUCCUAUGAGACAAUGCAUUUGAAUGAAAAUAUGCUUUCUAAGGUUAACAUUGAGCUGUUGGAAGCAGAAGGUAAUUACUUUUUAUUAUCCUUAAGUGGUUAUUGGCUUCUUUCUGCUAUCUAUACUUCUGUCAUGGAAAUUCACUGAAAAUUACUGUGCCAAGAUUCAUUCUGUCUUAUCAUUAAAGCUGUCUUUUGGCCAGUAUGAACAAAAAUAGCUAUUUAUUUCAUCAAAACAUAAAGUAAAAUUACAGCCAGAUGUGAACAGAUGCAAAUAAAUGCUUACAUAAUUUGAGAUUCCAAUCUUAAUAUUGUGUUAAAUCGCUAUAAAGAGAUGAACUGUUCCUUUUGUGGAUUGUAUGGAUGCUGUGAAUCAGGAGCAUAGAAUAGUUACUCUUCUUUAAGAAUAAAACUGGGAUUUCAGGGACCUACUGAGUGAUCUUCAAUCCUGACAAGGAAGUAUAUACACCUGCACUGCUUAACUAUUUGCAGCAGCUCUUAGAUUCUCCAUCUUUUCCAGUUGUUGCCUUUUUAAAUCUUAGGAGAAUACACGGUCCUGUUCUGUACAGCCAAAACAGAUUGCAUAUCCAGACUGUUAACAGAAUCUGGACUGCACUGUUUCAGUUUUUAUUCACUUAGAUAUUUAAAUGUAUUUACUGUUUUAAAAUUUAGUAAUGCUUCCUUAAUCAAUAUUUUUGUGAUGCUGAAGAAGGCACUUUUAAACAUAUUUAAGAUGCUGGAGUUUAUUAGAUUUUUUUUUUAAUAAGCUAUUGUUUGGACAGCACAGAAACGUACCAAACUUAAAAUCCAGUGUUUUGAUUAUUUGACUUCUCCUUAAUCCAAUUUAAAGCACUGUUUAAAUUCCCACAAUAAAUUCAGCAAAGAAUUAAAUUAUGACAUAGAUUGCUGUUUUAUUUUUAUUAUGCUAAGUGUACUUGAGUGGAACUCAAAUAUUUGCUUAAUGAAAUGCAUUUAUCAUGUUUGCAUAAUGAUGUAGCAACUGUCCAUGGCGACAAAGGCUAAAUAGAAAUAGUUUUACUUGUGUAGAAAGCAUUAUUAUUUGGGGAUAAUAACUUACGAUCAAGUAAGUCUUGAAAUUAGUCCAUCUGUACUGACAGAACAAACAUCUUUGUAUUAUGCCAUGUAUUGAGACCUCAUAUAAAAUAUAGUAUUUCCACGUAGCUACCUCUAUUUUUAUGUGAAGAUCACUUAAAACACAGACUUUAAACAGGUAAUGUAGGAAGAAAUGUAACAGUAUGUAAAAGCUACCCUUUUGCAAAUCUUUUUUGUAUAAUUUGAAAAUAAAAAUUAUCACAUAGGCAUUAACAUGUUGUACACUGCAGGAAAGUACUUGUAAUUAAAUUAUAACUUAAAACAUUGCAGCAGCUUUGUUUGAAUGUAAAGUGUGAUAUCUUAAUAUCAUUAUAUUCAACUUUCCUUUAAGGUAUGCAAAAAAAAAAAAAAAAAAAAUAGAAA